AUGCUCCGCGGCCAGACCCUCCCCUGGAGAGCUGCGCUCCACCAGACCCCUCGUGCGCUAUUGCGUCGGUCUUUAUGGACCGUACCGAGGAAUAAUGCGACUUUCCGCUCGGCUUUAAUCACGACCCGUCACGGCCGUUCCCUUCCCUCGGCUCCCCGCACGUUUUCCUCCAGCUCCAUCCAACGGAAAGAGAAGCCUAUACCAGAGGACCCGAACGAUGAGCUAGAACAGAAGAAAGAGGAGGAGACAUCACAAGAGGAGAAAGAAACGGAGCAGCGAGCUCCUGAAUCCCGACGAAAGGCUUCCGAUUCGGCAACUUCCACCCGGAGAAAAGACCGAUCAUCGAGCGAGAAGGACCAGCGUGCGCUAGAAGAGGAAUCGAAGAAAGAAGCCGAAGCGGAUGGAAAGGGAGAUUCAGAUCAAGCACCAUCUGCCAUUCCUCCAAGCAGUGGCUCAUCCGACUCUAAGCCUAGCUCCGCGAGCAGCGGUGGCAGCAAUGGCAGCAGUGAUGAUAGCGGGAAGAAGGGGAAGAAGGGAUCUGGAGAGAAAGCAUUACAAAAGCCUGCUGUUCCGGAUGUGUAUCCGCAAGUGAUGGCUAUUCCUAUUGCUAAGCGCCCACUGUUCCCGGGCUUUUAUAAGGCAAUUACUAUCCGAGACCCUAAUGUUGCAGCUGCGAUUCAAGAUAUGAUGAAGCGCGGCCAACCCUAUGUUGGUGCUUUCUUGUUUAAAGAUGAUAAUGCCGAUGGCGAUGUGAUUGAAAACCUGGAUGAUGUCUAUGAUACCGGUGUAUUCGCUCAAAUUACAGCCGCUUACCCUCUCCGCGGGGAGGCUAGUGGUGUUACUGCAGUUCUUUACCCCCACCGUCGCAUCAAGAUCUCUUCGUUGCUGCCACCAAGCGAGACAACAAAGGGUGCUCCGACAGAGGACAAGGCUGAGAAACGCGGGGAUGUUGUCGCUAGUUUUGAGGAGGGUGCCGCUGAGGCUACACCCAAGGACCAUUAUGAACCCACAUCCUUCCUCAAGAAAUACCCAGUCAGCUUGGUCAAUGUGGAGAAUUUGGCAGAGGAGCCCUACGACAAGAAGAAUGCCAUCAUCCGUGCUGUCACCAGCGAAAUCGUGAAUGUGUGCAAGGAGAUCGCUACCCUGAACCCUCUGUUCCGCGACCAGAUCUCGGCUUUCUACACCGAUCAAUUCCCCGGAAACCUUAGUGACGAACCCUCCAAGCUGGCUGAUUUCGCUGCCGCAGUCUCCGCCGGUGAGCUCAGUGAGAUGCAAGAGGUCCUGGAGACAAUGAACAUCGAGGAACGUCUUCCCAAAGCACUCGUUGUUUUGAAGAAGGAAUUGAUGAAUGCGCAGCUACAGUCUAAGAUCACCAAGGACGUUGAAGCCAAGAUUCAGAAGCGCCAACGAGAAUAUUGGCUUAUGGAACAGAUGAAGGGAAUCAAGAGAGAACUGGGUAUUGAGUCAGAUGGAAAGGACAAAUUGGUUGAGAAGUUCAAGGAAAAGGCGGCGAAGCUUGCCAUGCCCGAGGCUGUUAAGAAGGUGUUCGAGGAGGAGAUUAACAAGCUGGCUCACCUGGAGCCCGCAGCUUCUGAAUUCAACGUUACUCGCAACUACUUGGACUGGCUGACUCAGAUCCCCUGGGGCCAGAAGAGCGUGGAAAACUUUGGUAUCAAGAAUGCGGUCUCUGUUCUCGAUGAAGAUCAUUAUGGUCUGAAGGAUGUCAAGGAUCGGAUUCUCGAAUUCAUCGCGGUUGGCAAGCUUCGCGGUACUGUAGAAGGAAAGAUCAUCUGCCUCGUUGGACCUCCUGGUGUGGGUAAGACCAGUAUCGGAAAGUCCGUGGCUCGUGCUCUAAACCGCCAGUACUACCGCUUCUCCGUGGGUGGACUGACUGAUGUUGCGGAGAUCAAGGGUCACCGACGAACAUACGUUGGUGCUCUUCCCGGACGCAUCAUUCAAGCCCUUAAGAAGUGCCAGACUGAGAACCCGCUGAUCCUGAUCGAUGAGAUUGAUAAGAUCGGUCGUGGUCACCAGGGUGAUCCUUCCUCUGCAUUGCUGGAAUUGCUUGACCCCGAGCAAAACUCCUCCUUCUUAGAUCAUUACAUGGAUGUCCCUGUCGACUUGUCCAAGGUUCUGUUUGUCUGCACUGCCAACGUCACCGAUACUAUUCCUCGCCCCUUGCUGGAUCGAAUGGAGCUCAUUGAGCUUUCCGGCUAUGUUGCCGAUGAGAAGAUGGCCAUUGCUCAGCGAUACCUGGCUCCCGCUGCACGAGAAAUGACUGGUUUGAAGGAUGUCGAUGUGCAGUUAGAGCAGGGUGCGAUCGAGGAACUCAUCAAGUCGUACUGUCGUGAGAGUGGUGUUCGCAACUUGAAGAAGCAGAUCGAGAAGGUCUACCGAAAGGCCGCAUUUAAGAUUGUGCAAGAUCUUGGUGAAGAGGCUUUCCCCGAAGAAGCUGCUUUGACCGAGGAGGGCAAGGCUGCACAGGAGGAGUCGAAGGAACAUGAGUCCUCUGAUCCUGCUGAAGCUCCCCUAGAGCCUGAGAAGUCUACAACAGAGACUCCCCGACUCGCCCUCAAGGUUCCGGAGAGCGUACAGCUUAGCAUCGGCAAGGAUACUCUGAAAGAUUAUGUUGGACCCCCAGUCUUCACCGCCGACCGUCUCUACGAUAGGUUCCCUCCUGGUGUGACCAUGGGUCUUGCUUGGACUAGCAUGGGUGGUGCUGCGCUCUAUGUCGAGUGUAUUUUAGAGAAUGCCCUUAACCACAAAUCGCGACCAGGAUUGGAGAUCACCGGUAACCUGCAAAAUGUCAUGAAGGAGUCAUCACACAUCGCCUACUCUUUUGCCAAAUCCGUCAUGGCGCGCCAGUUCCCCGAGAAUGCUUUCUUUGAGAAGGCCAAGGUCCACCUGCACUGUCCCGAGGGAGCUGUUCCCAAAGAUGGACCUUCUGCCGGUAUCACCAUGGCCAGCGCCCUGCUUUCUCUGGCAUUCAACCACUCGCUUGACCCCACCGUUGCCAUGACUGGUGAACUGACCGUCACCGGCAAGGUUCUGCGCAUUGGUGGUUUGCGAGAGAAGACUGUUGCCGCUCGCCGAGCUGGUGCCACCAAGAUUAUUUUCCCAGCCGACAACACCUCUGACUGGCUUGAGUUACCCGAGAAUAUCAAAGCAGGUAUCGAGGGUCACCCUGUCAACUGGUACUCCGAAGUGUUUGACAUUCUCUUCUCCGGUUUGGAUCAAGAGGCAGCACGUACACUUUGGCAGAAGGCACUGAGCAAGCCCGAGGGUGAGCGCAGUAAUGACGAGUAA